AUGGUCAUACUAACAAUUCUAGCAUAUGGCGGCUCGUGGGCUGAUGACGAUAUUGACAUGGCGUCGAUCUCAGUGCCAAUUGAGAAGAACAGAACGUACCGUAACUCGGGCCACACAUACGGAUCCAAUGGGUAUGGAGGCUCUCAUGGGGCUCAAUCUACAUUUGUGGAUCACGGUCCACCAUAUAUAGUAAAAAUUAAAAACGUCCCGGUUGAGAGCGAUUUGACGUUUCUUGACGAUCUAUUCAAAAGCAGGUUCACCAAGUAUGUGAAAGGCAGGAUUGUAGUUGAUCCUAGCAACGAACCGCUACGAAACGGUGUUGUGAGAAAAAUUGCCUUCGUUGAACUCAAUUCAUUCGCAGAUCAAACGAGGGUUCUCAAGUGGCAAGACUUGGUGUAUCGCGGAUCACGCCGUUUGCUGAUUGAGCUUGCAGACUUUAAUGAUUUUCAAGAUUGCAUGGCUUUUAAUCAGAACCAUGAAAGGGAACUAGCAGAGCUUGAUAGACUGUCUUCUUUUGACAGGCAUGGCAGAGGGGACGACUUUUCGUCAAGGAAUAGGUUCGAGCCACGUAGAAGCACAGGUGGCAUUCCUCUAGAUUCUAUUCCAACUCCGCCUCCAAGAUAUCAGCUACAAACGAGGAGGUUGUCUCAAGAUACCCAACCCAAACCGGCACUCGCUCCAGUAAGUCAUGCUCCACCGAAGCCAAAGCCUAAUCCAUUUGGUCAGGCCAAGCCCGUUGAUGUUGUUGCCCAUCAGCUUGAGAACGAAAAGAAAAUGAUCAAGAUAAACAGCACAACAGUUAAAACUAUUGGCUCCAUCGAGGCAGAAGCUGAAUUGAAAGAGGCUAGCCAAGCAAAGAAGCAAGAUGCCGAGUACACUAUCGACGCAAGCACGGGAAACAAAAUGACUGCUGCCCCUAUUCCACAACCAAUAUAUGGCCAAAAGCAAAGUUUGGCUCGCCUAUUGAGCUCUGGCGCUGAGCCGAGCGGUAAAUCAAGAAGGGAAAAAUCUCCCAAGCCCGCAAGUAAACCAACAAUUCUCAAAAAGAGACAACCCGAUGCUCAAUCAGCUCCAGAACCUGAGCCGGUACCUCUUGCAACACCUACGACCGAGACUUCAAAGACCCCUUCGACGAAGAAAAAGCCCAGUCCGCAGGUGGAUGAAAUUGCCGAGAAGGUGAAAAAGAUAUCAGUUGAUUCUUCGCAAUCACCGGCUGAGGUUUCAAAAGAUGAGAGAGGACCAAAUUCUAAAAAAUAUUCGAGACGCAAUUCUGAGAAGCACGAGAAACCAAAAACAGGAGAGAGAAAGAAACUGGUGGACAAUCAAAGAACAGAGGCUUCAAAUGAACAAACGGAGACCACCACUUCAAGUCAUCCAUCGAAAGAGGAAGGUGCGUCAGCCAAACAUCCAUUCAAUUCUAGACGUAAAAAGUCCGUUCCUUACAUUGAAGGUCAUAGCAACACCGAGAAACAUCAUACGAGAAAAGAAUAUCCGGAUAAUGGUGAUAAACGACCAAGACGAGGAUCUCAGUUGAAUGAACGGAGACUCUCCGCCGCACGCGAAGCAAAAGCACCUCGUUCAAAUAAUGAUGUUCAAGCCCACGAAGAACUGAAUGAAAAAACACAAAAUAUUGCUUCAAUUGAGACACUGGGCACCCUUUCCGAAGCGACUACUAAGAACAAACUGCAUGAUGGUCAGCGGAACCGAAGAAGACGCAGUUCGAGUAAUCGCCACUUUCAUAAUGGUGAUCAGGAGGAAUUCCGCACAUCCAAAAGUGAUGUUAUGACAGGUGAAAGCGGUGUUGUUUUUGAGUCGACACCCUCUGAUCACCAUUCAAGCCAGCCAAUUGAGGACAAUGGUAGCACUGAGGAAGGAAAAGGAAGAGGGGAUGCUGCGAGGGGAAGAGGACGGGGAAGAGGUAGAGGAAGAGGCAGAGGCAGAGGUAGAGGAAGAGGCAGAGGCAGGGGAAGAGAUGAGCAUGGCCACGCCGGCGUUUCACCAGACAUGGGCAGCCAAAAGCACCAAAGCUCUUCGGGUGAUCAGUAA